CCCCUCCCCACGUUCGGCUGUGUCGCCUGUUCCCGUGCUCUCCAAGGGACGAAACCGAAGACGGCAACGCCAGAGCACACCACAGCAAAGCCAAGCGAGCCGCUUAGGAACCCACGCGCCCAUUGCCUUCCAAGUUCCAACCCUUUCCAUUUUCCGGGCGCGCGCCAACACCUCAUAGCAGCAGGGUCCCCCCCGAGUUAAGCUCAAUUCGAGAGGGAUUGACGCAUCGAGCCCUGCCGAUUGCCGAGCCGCCCGCUCCGCCCAAAUUUGCUUGCCUCCUCGCCGCCACCGCCGCUUGCGAUUGCGAGAGCUCAGCCGUGCGCUUUUGUUGCCUUUUGAGCUGAGUUUUCGUACCGCGUGGUGCGAGGAAGAUGGGGGAGGGGAUCAAGGCGAUGCUGGCGACGCCGAUCCAGCUCGCGGACCAGGUGACGAAGCAGGCCGGGUGGCAGUGCCUCCGGACGGAGUGCACGGACCUGCGGGCGCGCGCCGAGCAGCUCGCGGCGCUGCUGCGGCAGGCGGCUCGGGCCGACCUGUACGAGCGCCCCGCCAAGCGCAUCAUGACGGACACAGUGCAGGCGCUCAACAAGGCCGCGGGCAUGGCCGCCCGGUGCUUCCAGAGCCACUCCCGCCUCCGCAGAUUCUUCACGCUCAACCCGGUGUCCGGGCUCCCGCGCACCCUCGCGAUGCUCGACACCGCGCUCGAGGACGUCGCCUGGCUGAUCCGCCUCUCAUCUCCGCACGCCGACGACGACCUGUGCGGCGGCCUCCCCAACAUCGCGCAGAACGAGCCCGUGCUCGGCAUGAUCUGGAACCACAUCGCGCGGCUCAACACCGGCGGCCUCGCCGCGCGGGCCGACUCGGCCGCCACCCUCGCCUCUCUCGCCCACGACAACCCCCGCUUCGCCAAGUACAUCAUCGAAGAGGACGGCGUCGCGCCCCUCGUCAAGUUGCUCAAGGAAGGCACAGAUGACGGGCAGGAGGCCGCGGCUACGGCGCUCGGGCUUCUCGGCCGAGACGAGGAGAGCGUGGACAAGCUUCUCCACUCCGGUGUGUGCUCCGUCUUCGCCGCCGCGUUGAAGGAGCCGCCGAUGCGCGUGCAGGCCGCGGUCGCCGAGGCCAUCGCGUCGCUUGUGCAACACAGCCAGAGCUGCCAGGACUUGUUCGCGCAGAGCAACGCCGUCCGGCACCUUGUCAGCCACCUCGCCUCCGGAACCAUCCAAGAGCACAGCAGGUACUCUGUCGGUGGGAGCGGCUCCAGGAAUAGCACUCCUCCGCUGGCGGCCAUGACGAACCUUCACUCCAUUGUGCUUGCGAAAUCGCUCAGCGCGCGCCAAGGCGGCUUUGGUUCCUCAGCCCCGAACUCGUCGGAACCUUUGAAUCGAGCAAGACCGAACCAGAUGCAAUCGGUGGUGCAAUCCGCGAUGGCAGCCAACACGACGACGAAUGGAGUCACGCCUCCACCCGGUAGGCCUCAGCCGAGCUCGAACGGUGCGAGCGGCCGAGGAUCCCGCGAGGCCGAGGACCCGGCCACCAAGGCGCGCAUGAAGGCCAUGGCGGCAAAGGCUCUGUGGAUGCUUUCCCGCUGUCAUGUGGGAGUCUGCAAAAGCAAUACAGAGUCUCGCGCGCUCCUCUGCUUCGCCAGGAUCCUCGAGAACGGCGACGGCGGCGCUGGCACGCGCCUGCAGUUCUACUCCGCAAAGGCGAUCAUGGAGAUCGCCCGCGUCGCCGAACACAACCUCGCGCUGCGGCAGUCCGCAUUCAAGCCCAGCUCCCCGGCAGCCAAGGCCGUCGUGGAGCAGCUCCUCCUGAUCGUGCGCAAGGGAGACGACGACGACGACCUGCUGUGCCCGUGCAUCACUUCCCUCGGCUGCUUGUCGCGCACGUUCACCGCGAGCGAGACCCGCGUGAUCGGCCCACUGGUGCAGCUGCUCGACGACCGCGAGAUCCCGGUCACCAAGGAGGCCGUGGUCGCGCUCACCAAGUUCGCCUGCACCGAGAACCACCUGCACGUGAACCACUGCACGGCCAUCGUUGAUGCCGGAGGGGCGCGGCACCUCGUCCAGCUCGUGUACCUCGGAGACGAGCUGCAGAUUGAGGCGCUCAUAUUGCUGUGCUACAUAGCGCUGCAUGUCCCGGAGAGCGAAGAGCUCGCGCAGGCUGGGGUGCUCGCCGUGCUUCUGUGGGCGUCGAAGCAGGCACACAUGGCGCAGGACCUGCGCGUCGAGGCACUGCUGCCGGGCGCCAGGGCUCGGUUGGAUCUCUUCCAGUCCAGGGCAUUCAGGUAACGAUUGCAGCAAUCAGCGGUGGAGAUGAGCUAGUUCGUCGUGCUUUACAAAAAUCAGAUUAGAUUUGUGUCUAUUGUUCUUUGUUAGUCCAAAUUCGAUCAUGUUAGAGUGUACAUAUCACGGUUCUGUUUGUAUCAAAGAAAAUGUUGAGUGAUGUAGUGCCUUAUUCUUAACUCCUAAUGCGCUCA